AUGGCAUUCUAUAUGCAAUCCCUCUUCCCCAAAAAUCAGUCCUUCAGCUUCGAGGCUCUGCGAGCUGCGGGCUAUGCUAAUGCUGCAGGUGCAGAUAUUGGAGAGGUGAUGGCAAUCUGCUCGCGGAUUGCCCCUGGCGACGAAGAUGCCUGGUUAAAAGAAUGGAAAGGAUCAGGCGACCGUGCGGUCGCUAACGCAGAGAUCAGUCUGUCCAAGGGGAACCGAUCUGGCGCCAGGGAUGCCUUUCUACGCGCUGCCAACUACUACCGCACAGCUGAGUUCUAUCGGCGAGACAACCCGUUCAAUGAUGCGUUGUCGGCUUCGCUAGCAACACAAAGCACCCGGGCAUUCUAUGCGGCGAUGAAGCUCGUGGAUCAUAUCACGGAACGAGUUCGCAUUCCAUAUGAAGGCUCUGUGACAUUGCCGGGCACCAUCUUCAGACAACGAGAGGAUCAGAACAAACCAAGGCCACUGGUCAUUGUCAAUGGUGGAUUUGACUCGACUCGAGAGGAAGUCGGCUACGGAAUAGCACCAUGGGCGCUGGAAGCCGGGUUCAAUGUCCUCACAUUUGACGGCCCUGGUCAGGGAGAGACACUCCGGGAGCAAAAGCUUCGUUUCCGACCGGAUUGGGAAAACGUCAUUACUCCGGUGGUUGAAUACGCCUUGUCUCAAGAAUAUGUUGACGAGAAAAAGCUCGUCAUCAUGGGCAUUAGCAUGGGUGGCUUUCUUGUUGCACGGGCCGCAGCUUUCGAGCACCGUGCUGCUGCCAUCGUUGUCAACGACGGCAUAUUCGAUUUUGGCGAUUCUUUCCGUAGGUCAACACCAGCAAUAAUCAAGUGUCUUCUCAAGUAUGGCUGGUAUGGGACGGUCAACAGGCUCCUGGGGUUCGUCAUGCCAAUGGAUACUGGCCUGAGCUGGGCCCUGCGGAACGGAAAAUGGGUAUUCGGAGUAACCUCUGGAGUAGAGGUGCUGGAGGCAGUGAACAAGUACACACUUGAUGGUCUAGUGGACAAGAUUGUCACCCCUAUAUUGGUUAUGGAUGCCGCGGACGACCAUUUCCUAAAAGGUCAACCUGCUGCACUAUUUGGAAAGCUGGAGUGCGAGAAGGCAUACGUUGUCUUGACUCAGGAGGAAGGUGCAAGCGCUCACUGCCACGUGGGCGCCAGUGCAAGAGCAAAUCAGGUCGUCUUCGAUUGGCUCCUCCCACAGCUGGGUAUGGUAUCAAAUGCUAGUAUGUAG